UUGGUUAAAAAGCUUGCGAAAAAAAUUAGGUGAACGAAUUUCGACAAUCAGUCGGUAGUAGUUAAUUUAAUUACCGCACAUACCCGUAUACUCACCUAACAUGCAUUUUCCUACAUUUCUAUCAUUUAUUUUAAACAGGUGUCGGUUACGCUAUUUGUCUAAUUGAUGUUUAUAUGGGAAUGUACUACAACACUAUAAUCGGCUGGGCGGUAUAUUAUUUAUUUGCAUCGUUUACCUCAACACUUCCAUGGACGUCAUGUGGCAAUUCAUGGAAUACCAAUAGUUGUAUGCCGGUGACGAAUGAGAAUUUCACCGACAAGGCGACCACACCAGCAAAGGAGUUCUUCGAACGCAUGGUGCUGGAGCAAUACAAAUCGGAUGGCCUGAAUUAUAUGGGGCCGAUAAAGCCCACAUUGGCUUUGUGCGUUUUUGGUGUAUUUAUUUUGGUAUACUUUUCGCUGUGGAAAGGUGUGCGCAGCGCAGGCAAAGUUGUGUGGGUGACGGCGUUAGCGCCCUAUGCAGUGCUCUUCAUAUUGCUGGUGCGCGGCGUCUCUUUACCGGGUGCAAUGGAGGGUAUUCGGUACUAUUUGACGCCAGAGUGGCAUAAAUUGAAGAACUCAAAGGUUUGGAUCGAUGCGGCUUCACAGAUAUUUUUCUCUCUGGGGCCUGGUUUUGGAACAUUGCUCGCAUUAUCGAGCUACAAUAAGUUUAACAACAAUUGCUAUCGGGACGCGCUGAUCACGAGUAGUGUGAACUGCUUGACCAGUUUCCUUGCGGGCUUUGUCAUAUUUUCUGUACUAGGGUAUAUGGCACAUGUGCAGAAAACUUCGAUCGAUAAAGUCGGACUGGAGGGACCUGGUCUCGUUUUCAUAGUCUACCCGGAAGCGAUUGCCACUAUGAGCGGUUCGGUAUUUUGGUCCAUAAUUUUUUUUCUUAUGCUGAUCACGCUGGGCUUGGAUAGUACAUUUGGUGGAUUAGAGGCGAUGAUAACGGCACUCUGUGAUGAAUAUCCUCGGGCCAUCGGACGUCGGCGGGAACUUUUUGUGCUGCUGCUCUUGGCUUGCAUCUACCUGUGCGCCCUGCCCACUAUGACUUAUGGCGGCGUUUUCUUGGUUAACUUUUUGAACGUUUAUGGACCUGGUCUUGCCAUAUUGUUUGUCGUAUUCGUGGAAGCAGCUGGCGUUUUUUGGUUCUAUGGCGUCGACCGUUUUUCAGAGGACGUGGAACAGAUGUUGGGCAUUAAACCAGGCAUUUUCUGGCGCAUCUGUUGGACUUACAUAAGUCCGGUAUUUUUAUUGGGCAUUUUUAUAUUCUCCAUACUCGGCUAUGAAGAUAUGUUGGGCGAGGAAUAUCAAUAUCCCGAAUGGAGCAUCAAAGUCGGCUGGGCCGUCACUUGUUCCUCGGUGCUCUGUAUACCCAUNGGCGACUUGAGCUCCAGCAAAAUCUAUCACACGCUUAAAACUAAAUUUUCCCAUUAUUUCCAGGGCAUUUUUAUAUUCUCCAUACUCGGCUAUGAAGAUAUGUUGGGCGAGGAAUAUCAAUAUCCCGAAUGGAGCAUCAAAGUCGGCUGGGCCGUCACUUGUUCCUCGGUGCUCUGUAUACCCAUGUACAUCAUCUACAAAUUCGUAUUUGCGUCCAAGGGUGACUGUAGAACGCGUUAUCGCAACAACUUCAAAGUACCACCACGGUGCGGUUACUAUGCAUAUUACACAAAUAAUCUUAAUUAUGGUUACAUAUAUGAAGUUUCGCCGAAAAAUAGCGAUGAAAGAAAUAGUGUUAACGCAUUCGAUGAUGAAAAUAUACAACGCAAUGUGCCUCACUUGGAAUGGACGUUUCGACCGAAACGCUUGGAAUGUGUUGACUCCAACGAACCAACGAGUGAGGAUAGUCACAGCGGCAUCUAUGAGGAAGUGUUGAAUUCGGAGUGCACUGAACACAAAAACCCCAAUGCAAGCCUAAAACAAAACCAAAACACUGAUAUUAAUAGAUUAAGUUAUAAAUAUGCCAGCAAUGUUGCGGAUGAAAGUAGCGGUAGUAGUUAUAGUGUUAAUGUGAAUGGUAGUGCUAAUGUUAACAUGAAUGCUAAUGAUAAUGUUAAAUGUAAUUAUGUUAGUGGUUCACAGAGAGCAGCAAACAUUUGUAAAUUAAAUACGACUCACGAAAUUGCUGAGGACAAUAAUUAUGCAAUGAUACUCAGCAGUUGCAAACCGCUUAAGUUCUCAUUUGCCAGCGAAUGGUUGGUUUAA